AUGGUUCAAACAGCCAUCAUCUCCGGCGGCGCUCGCGGCAUCGGCCGCUGCCUCACUCGCCGCUUCCUUGAAAGAGGCUACAAAGUCUACGUUCUCGACAUCGACAAGGAAGAGCUCUAUCACACCACUCACUCGCAUCUGAAAGGCUACACCGAUACUCAAGCUCUGGGAUCAAGUAUCUGCGACCUGCGCAACGUCGACGACAUUUAUGACAAAGUCGGGAAGGCGGCCGUAUUUCUUGGCGGUCACAUCGAUGUACUGGUCAACAACGGAGGGAUAGCAAGUCCGCAGUGGAGAGAUGGGAAGACGAUGUUCGAUCGCGAGACGGCCAAGGAGUGGCAGGCCUACGUCGAAACCAACCUCACAGCGCCCUUCAUCGUCUCUCAAGCCUGUCUGCCAUACAUGGAACGCAAAGGCGAAGGUCUCCACGGACCCGUCCAAAACGACGGCCACUCCAACGCCGGACCCUGCAUCAUCCACAUCGGUUCCUUCCGUGCUCACCGUAGCGACCCGAACCAGGAAGGCUACGCAUCCACCAAAUCCGGACUUCUGGGACUCAUGCACAGUAUGGCGAUCAGUCUGCAGCCGAGGGGCAUUCGCGUCAAUUUGGUGGCUCCUGGACGAAUCAAAGUCGCGCACGAGUCCAAGGCGGGAGAUGAGGCAGGAAUGGACUGGGAGGAGCAGAACGGGGAGAAGGAUGUGGCGGAUCAUCCUACCAAUCGCGCUGGACGGCCUAAAGAUAUUGCUGAUGCUACCGAAUAUCUUGUGAAUGCUGGCUUUGUCACGGGACAGGAGAUCACCGUGGACGGAGGAGCAACAAGGGUGAAGAAGUGA